AUGUGUGAGGAAUCUUUACAAUUAUAUCAACAAGUAUUUGCAUUAUUUAUCCAAUUGUAUUCAUCUGAUUAUAUAGACACUAUUUAUGCUUUGGUUAAUAUUGGUGAUAUAUUAUUAGAUGGGAAAGAAAAUUCUGAGCAAGCACUGGAUUUUUAUCAGAAAUCUCUAACUAUGUUAGAAAGAUCUUAUCCGUCCUACUAUGCUUAUAUCGCUAACAAUUUCAACUUGAUUGGAAAUGUUAUAGGACAACAAAUGAAAUUUGAUCAAGCCUUGGAAAUAUAUAAUCGAGCUCUCGAAUAUUACCAACAAGCACUCGAUAUCAAUGAAAAAUGUUAUUCAUCUAAUCCUGUUCAAUCAGCUUCAAAUUUUAUUUUGAUUGGGAAUGUUCUAAGUGCACAAGAAAAAUUCGAUGAAGCAUUAGCAAUUCGAGAAAAAGAUUUAUCAUAUUUGUAUACAACCGUUGUUAGUAAUCUAAUGGAUAUUGGUCGAAUAAAAGUUAAUCAAAUCAAUUUCGAUGGAGCUCCACAUGAUUUCUGUCGAGCAGUUACUUUACUUCAAGAGUAUGAUCCACUUAAUCACUCUGAGCUUGUCAUUGAUCUCGAAUGGAUUGCAUCUAUUUGGAAUCAAAAACAUGUAUCGAUUGCAAAAACUCUUUCAAUUCUUGCUCAAGUUCAUCGAAAAACAUUUCUCACCACAUGA